UGUAAGAAUUUAAUUUAUUCGUGUAUCAAGUGUGAAGUCCACUUGUGGCAGUCCGGGAAAAUUAAUCCUCAACUCAACAUGUGCUCUUGACAUGAAUAAAAAAGUAAAAUAUUUAUUUUGUGAAAAUUUGUGGUUUAAAUGUAAACAAAUAAAAUUCCCUGCAUAAACAACAACAUUGAUCUUAUCUCGACGUGAAGGAAAUUUGUGUCACACUCCGUAUCGACAAUGGAAUUCCAACAGGAAGUACAAAAUUUGGAACAUGUCGCACUAAACAAUCCGCUCAUUUUAAUGGAAAUAUUCAAACAGGCCGCAAUCCCGUUGAAAACUUGUCGACUCGUUUGUCAAUUUUGGAAUGAAAUAGUCCUCUCCUUACCAAAUACGAGACUAGCGUUAGACCUAAGUUCCUACAACGCUCUGAGUAAAAUAACAUUUUGCGAAAUGUCUACCUCAUUGGACGCCCGAUUUGUUAAAAGGAUUAAAGAUAGUUACACCGGUUUCCCAUUGAACCUAACCCACGUUUGUGAUAAGUUUGGCAGCAACGUGCAAGUUUUGGAACUCGACAUCAAUGAAGAAGGUGCACCUUGGACGAAGCAUGUUUUGAAAAAUUCCUGUCCGAAUUUGACACAGUUGCGAAUAAAUUGCGGACCUUUGCUGAAUUGGGCUUCAACGGAUCCAAUUCCAGGAGAUAUUAUACCAGCAAAGCAAAAUUUGACAUCGUUCACGAUGAGUUCGAAACUGGCGACUCCGGAGCUUACCAACUUUAUUGAGAUGGUUAUCAAAGCCUCGCCAAAUUUGAAGGAGGUCACUCUUCCGUGGGGUUCCUGCCCAGAUUUGUCAAAUUCUAAGUGUCUCGACUCCUUAACCAUCGCGCUGGAUUACGUUGACCCACGUGACAUCGCCCAAGCGGAGGGCAAGCUUUCAGAUCAGUCCUGUAUCUUGAGUCAAGCUGAUGUGAUCCUACCCAUCGUUUACACCGUGGCUGGUGUUGUCGUGAUUUACCUCCUGCUGUCGUUCUGUCUUAAGUGGUCCGAACAGCGAAAUAAUCGGGAAGCAAAUGCACAAAGGUUCGCAGUGAAUGGAUUUAAUGCCCGAUUUAACGCGCUGCGAUAUGAAAAUCGAUUUCAAAAUUGGGGAGAUUCGACGUUCAGUAGCUCAAAGCAUCACUCGCGUCGACGUUACUUAAACUAAAAAUAUACAUACAUAUUUGUAAAUAUAUGUCGUACAACUAUGGUUGUCAAGUAAAUGAAUAAAUACUAAAUAAAUUUGCGUUUUGUCGCUUCUCUUAGCUCAAUCAA